AUCAGCCUUCAGUGUGAAGAGGACACCAUGAUGGUCCGUGUCUAUAGGAAUUUUUAUGGGACUGGAAAGCUAGUGAAUCCUUCUGACCUGAGCCUUGGACCCCAACGUUGCAAGCCAGACAGCCAAAGUACUGAAAUGGUGGUCUUCCAGGUUAAACUUCAGGACUGUGGCAACGCUGUGCAGAUGACUCAAGACUGGGUGAUCUACACUACCAACCUGACCUACAGCCCAACCUCCUUGAUUCCAAUCAUCAGAACCAACCCUGCAGUGGUCCCCAUAAUUUGUUACUACUACAGGCAUGCUAAUGUGAGUCGUGAGCCCAUUAAGCCAACAUGGCUUCCAUUCAGCACCACAGUGUCUUUAGAGGAGAGGCUGUCUUUCUCCUUGCGGCUGAUGGCGGAGGACUGGAGUGGCCCCAGAAGUUCUCCCAUCUUUGAGUUGGGACAAAUCCUCUACAUAGAGGCCUCUGUGGAUACUCGGAACCAUAUGAAUCUGAUACUGUAUGUUGACAGAUGUGUGGCAACUAUAUCUCCGGAUAUGACCUCUGCUCCUAGUUAUGACAUCAUUACAGACAAUGGGUGUCUGGUGGAUGGAGUGCAAGAUGACUCCUCUUCAACCUUCAUCGCUCCAAGGAUCAGCUCGGACAAGCUCCAGUUCACAGUGGAUGCUUUCCGAUUCCUAGGAGCAGAUGUGUCUCUGAUUUACAUAACCUGUUUCCUGAGAGCUGCUGCAGCCACACAGGUCCCUGAUUCCAGAAACAAGGCCUGUUCCUACAACAAAGUCACAAAAAGCUGGUUUGCAGUUGAGGGCCCCAGCCCUGUCUGCCAGUGUUGUGAGAGGCUCACCUGCCUUCCUACAGCUGUUAUACCACCGAUGUCUGCAGGAGGAAGGAGCCGGUUUGGAAGACCAAGAUCAUUUGGGAAAAGGGAAGCCUUGGAUGAACCCAACUUGGAGGGACAAACUGUGACCACGCUUGGACCUCUGCUUGUAACUGGGCCAAAACAAAGACUUGUGACACUUUCAGUGAAAAAGGAGGAAUCUGCUCCUGUGGAGCUCUGGCAGAUUGUCGGAUACUUUUGGUAUGGUGUCCAAACAAUGGCCAAGAGGAACCAAACGUUGCUUACUGAAUUUCUACUCCUGGGAUUCGGAGAUCUUCAAGACUUUAAAAUUGUCGUUUUCACCAUCUUUCUGAUCAUUCACGUCAUGGCAUUAGCCAGCAAUGUCCUUGUUACCUUGGUUGUGUUCAUCCGGAGUCUUCACUCUCCCAUGUACAUCCUCAUUGGUCAGUUGUCCUUGUCUGAAAUCAUCUUUACCAGUAACAUUGUGCCCAACAUGCUGUGGUUGAUACUGGUUGGUGGUGGGAAAGUUUCCAUUGCCCGGUGUAUUUUCCAGUUCUUUUUAUUAGCCUUUCCAACUGUGGCCCAGUCUUUACUGUUGGCUUCCAUGUCCUUUGACCGAUAUGUGGCCAUAUGUAAACCAUUACAUUAUGCCAGCAUCAUGACCUUUGGACAGCAAGUCCAAAUAGUUACCUGUUGCUGGCUGUUGGGCUUCACAGUGGCCUUUAUACUAUAUGUCUUAUUAGACAGUUUACAAUUCUGUGGACCAGACAGUGUCAAUCAUUUCUACUGUGACAUCUCCCCCGUGGUGGAACUUUCAUGUUCAGAAAACCCUUCUGUUGAGCUGGUCACUUCUGUCUUGUGUUUCCCUUUUAUUGUUUGUCCACUUAUGUUAAUCAUGGCCACCUAA